AUGGCGGCGGGCGGCGGCGGCGGCACCGGGCCGGGCGUGGGGCCCGGCGGAGGCCCCGGGGCCCGCAGGGGCAGCGCGGGCCGGGACGCGGAGGCCGAGGUUUGGUGCCGGCGGGUGCGGGAGCUGGUGAGCGCGGUUCCCGCCAACCGGCUCUGCUUCGAAUGCGGCCAGCGCGGCGUCACCUACGUGGACAUCAGCGUGGGCAGCCUCGUGUGCACCGGCUGCUCGGGGGCGCUGCGGGGACUGAACCCCCCCCACCGUGUCAAGUCCAUCUCCAUGACAACAUUCACCGAGGCCGAGGUGCUGUUCCUGCAGGCGCACGGGAAUGAGGCCUGCAGGCGGGUCUGGCUCGGCACCUUCGACCCCCGGACUUCGCCGCUCCCCGACUCCCGCGACCCUCAGAAGGUGAAGGAGUUCCUGCAGGAGAAAUACGAGAAGAAGCGAUGGUACGUGGCACCAGAACAAGUGAAACCCCCCCAAAACACCACAGCGGAGCCCGGGCCCCCCCAGCUCCUGCACGGGGACACAGGGACACUGCCACAGCCCCACACAGCUGCCCACCGCCCUCCCCAGCCAGCCCGAAAGGCCGGCACCGACCUCCUGGCUGACAUCGGGGGCGACCCCUUCGCCGGCCCCUCCCCAGGACCAGCCUUCGCUGCAUUCCCUGGCCCAGCCCCACCCCGGUCUGCCUUCCCCAGUUUCAAUGCCUUUGGGACCAGCCCUGGAGCACCAACAUUUGGGGCAGCUGUGCCCCCCUUCCACAUCCCACCCACCACCACAGGAGGUGUGGCUGCACAGGGCAUGGCCACCCCUGUCCUGCCUGCAGGGGGAGGAGCUUCUGGCAGCCUCUUCGGGACCCUCCGUGACCCCCCAGCGCUGCCCCACGGGGGCUACACCAACCCCUUCACGGCCCCCGUGGCCCCCAGACCCUCCACCAACCCCUUCCAGAGCAACAGCCCCGGUGCGGCUUUCACCUCGCCCCCUGUUCCUGGGGGGUUCACCAGCCCCUUCCAGGCUGACGGGUUGCCUUUCGGUGCGUUCAGCAUUGCCAAAGCUUCCACCAACCCCUUCGUGACGGUCCCGACCCCGACGGCGCCGUUCGGCAUCAGGCACCCGACCACCAACCCCUUCCUAUGACCGCUGCUGCCCGAGGGGGGCUCGGCCCGGCCCGGCCGUGCACCGCCCCUCCGCCGGGAACACGUUUUAUUUUUCGUUCCGAGAGAUUUAUCGUGAUACCUAAUAUAUAUUCGAUAGAAACGG